AUGGGACGUCCUCCGCCUCGGUCGUACGACGAGUACCUGAAAGCCUACAGUGUGGCCAUGCUUCCAGGCCGCCAGAGGGAGAACGUCAGCUACGGUGGAAAGAUCAUCAUGCCCCCUUCUGCUCUUGCUACACUCACCCAGCUCGAUCUCGAAUCGCCAUGGAUGUUCCAGCUCCGUAAUCCCUCCAAUCCCGCUGCGUCCACACAUGCAGGUGUUCUCGAGUUCAUCGCAGAGGAAGGAUGCGUACAUUUGCCAUACUGGAUGAUGAAGACCCUCCGAUUGAACGAAGGAGACCCGGUGCGCAUAACGGGUGCCGAGCUACCGAAGGGUAAAUUCGUCAAGAUACAAGCCCAGAGUGUACAUUUUUUGGAGGUGUCGGACCCAAAGGCUGUUCUAGAGAUGGCUUUACGCAACUUUACCUGUCUAACACAAGGGGACAUGAUCGAAAUUGUCUACAAUUCCAUUGUCUUCGGUUUCCUUAUAAUGGAAACCCGACCAGGAAACGCCGGUAUCAGCGUGCUCGACACAGAUCUUGAAGUCGACUUCGCCACACCCGUCGGCUACAAGGAGCCAGAGAGACCAAAGGCUGCGCCCCCGCCAACCAUGGCUUCCAAGUUGAAGAUCGAUCUCAAUUCUGCGUCUCCCGGCUCAUCGCGGCCAGCGAGUUCUCUAGGUGGCGCGUUCGCCGAAACAAGUACAGGCACUUCGACAUUGACGAAGAAGGGAGAAGACUGGGAAAGCUUCAAGGGGAGAGGUGAAACGUUGGGUGGACGCAAAACGAAGGGAAAAGGAAUAAGCCACAGGAAAGUUGAGGAAGUAUCGGAAGGAAGUAAGAUCAUUCGGACAGGGCAACGCCGAAUCGUGAACGCCGACAUAUUAGAGUCAGGAGCACCGGUACCCGCUCCCCUGAAUCUUCCCUUUGGAAAGUUGUUCUUUGGCUAUAACAUUCCUCCGUAUCAGCCACCCGAGAAUGCAUCUGGUACAAAUGGCCAGCAAUCGACGGCCUUCACUGGUGCCGGCAACACCUUAAUCGGCCGAUCUUCCCAGUCGCAGGCCAGUAAAGGGAAGGGGAAAGAGCAAGAAUCGACAAGUUCGCAAGGGCCCGUGAAGGAAUGGGGCAAGGGACAGACUUUGGCUUCCCCAACGCCUGCAGCAUUAGGUGCUGGCGGUGCUCGAGUCCCUAGACCGCCACAAAGGGGUAAUGCGAAGCAGAAGCAUCGGGAGCGAAGUCUAACACCAGACUUCGGGGUUGACGAUGACGACGACGUGAUUAUCAUAGACAGCGACUAG